AUGCACUCCGACGGAGAUCUCGAGACAGUUCAAAGCUGGCGCCGCCGCCUCCUCCCUCCGGCAAUCCUGCUCGCCGCCGUCGUCUUACCCUGCUCUCUCAUCUACCUGGCCUCCACCAUGGACAACUCAUGGCCUCUUCUGACCUCUCUCCCCGCCGGCGUUACUGAAGAAAUGAAGCUCCGGCGAGUUCUCAGCUCCGCUGCCAUGGCGGACAAUAAGACAGUGAUCUUAACGACGGUGAACUCGGCGUGGAUUUCACCGGGUUCAGUGCUGGACUUGUUCAUGGAGAGCUUCAAGCUUGGGAAUGAAACGAGUGAGUUGUUGGAUCAUUUGGUGGUGGUGGCCAUGGAUAAGAAGGGUUACGUGAGGUGCAUGCAGGUGCACAAGCACUGCUUUGCGUUGACCACUGAAGGCGUUGACUUUUCAGAGCAUAAGAACUUCAUGUCCGGUGAUUACUUGAAGAUGAUGUGGAGGAGGCUUGAGUUUCUUGGAACUAUUCUUGACUUGGGCUUUGACUUCAUCUUCUCAGACACUGAUAUAAUGUGGUUCAGAAAUCCUCUACCACAUUUCUAUAAAGAUGGAGAUUUUCAAAUAGCAUGUGACUAUUUUGUGGGCAAUCCAAAUGACUUAAACAAUAAACCAAAUGGAGGUUUUAUGUAUGUGAAAUCAAACAACAAGACCAUAAGUUUUUUCAAGUAUUGGUUCAAAUCACAAGAAAGGUAUCCUGGUGUCAAUGAACAAGAGGUUUUAAAUUUGAUCAAGAAGAAUGCAUUCACAAGAGAAUUAGGAGUAAAGAUUAGAUUUCUUGAUACCACCUAUUUUGGUGGCUUUUGCGAACCGAGUAAAGAUUUCAAUAAAGUUUGUACAAUGCAUGCUAAUUGCUGUAUUGGUUUAGGGAGAAAAAUUCAUGACCUUGUUUUGAUGCUCAAUGAUUGGGGAAGGUAUAUGUCAAUGAGUCCGGAGGAGAGACAAAGUCAGAGAAUGGCUUGGAGUGUGCCGAAGAAUUGUAGUCUUGCUUCGCUUGGUUAAAACAACUGUGUUUUGUUCUGUUCUUGUUGCAGAA